AUGCACUUCUUUGCACCAUCCCUUUGGAUAUUAUGGGGAGCUACGGCUAUUGCGUCCACUACCGAAGCACAAGCUCAAACCCCGUCCAGUGUGCUUUCUCUAACAAAGGAUACAUUCAACAGUUUUAUCACUCAGCAUGAUCUAGUACUAGCCGAGUUUUACGCACCCUGGUGUGGUCACUGCAAGGCGCUUGCCCCGGAAUAUGAGAAGGCCGCAACAGAAUUGAAGGCCAAGAAUGUGUCCUUAGUCAAGGUUGACUGCACCGCAGAGGAGGCUCUCUGCAAGGACCAGCAGGUUGAGGGAUUCCCUACCCUUAAGAUCUUUCGUGGGCUUGGUAGUGUUAAGCCUUACACGGGAGCUCGCAAGGCCGACGAUAUUAUUUCCCACAUGGUCAAAGAGUCUCUGCCUGCGGUAUCUCCUAUUACGCCCGAGAACCAUGACGAGAUUAAGAAUAUGGAUGAUAUUGUUGUUAUCGGAUACUUCAAACCUGAUGACAAGUCUUCCAACAAGAUUUUCACUUCUAUUGCUGAGACACUUAGAGGUAACUACCGUUUUGUCACGGCCAGCGAUCGAAGUCUCCUCACUAGAGAAGGUGUUAAACCGCCUUCCAUUGCCCUGUACAAACCCUUCGAUAACAAGAAAGAUAUUUAUGAAGGAAAGAUCGAGGAGAAUACAGUCCUUAACUGGAUAAAGACUGCCAGUACUCCUCUCGUCGGUGAAAUCAACCCAGAGACUUACUUUGCGUAUAGCACGGCUGGUAUUCCUCUGGCAUAUAUCUUCGCGGAAACAAAGGAAGAGCGUGACAAGCAUACUGUUGAGUUUAAGCCUCUGGCCGAGAGGUAUAAAGGUGCUAUUAACAUUGCUACGAUUGAUUCAAAGGAGUUCGGUGCGCAAGCAGAGCUUCUCAACCUCAAUGCCUCUAUCUUACCAGCAUUCGCUAUUCAUUACCCUGAAACGAACACUAAGUACCCUUACAGCCAGUCCAGCCCACUGGCCCUUCCUCAGAUUGAUCAGUUUAUUCAGGAUGUCCUUGAUGGUAAGGUUCUACCAAGUAUCACAUCCCAGCCAGUGCCUGAAACUCAGGAAGGCCCUGUCACGGCUGUCGUGGCACAUUCCUACGAGGAACUUGUCAUCGACAAUGAAAAGGAUGUUCUCCUCAUGUUCUACGCCCCCUGGUGUAAAUACUGCAAGGCUCUUGCUCCCCAUUAUGAGGAACUUGCAAGCUAUUUUGCCGACAGUUCACAUGUAACGAUCGGCAAGAUUGAUGCGACGGCCAAUGAUAUUCCUGAAGUCAUCGAGGGCUUCCCCACCAUCAAGCUAUACCCUGCUGGAGCCAAAGAAUCCCCCAUCAACUAUGAAGGCCCUCGUUCGGUGGAGGAUCUUGCAAACUUUGUCAGAAAGAAUGGGAAGCAUGGGGUUGCAGCCAGGAUCACCGCUGGCAAUAACCAGACCAGCCUUGGCUCCCAUGACGAAUUGUAG